AUGUAUGGACAAAUAGUGAUAGGACCACCAGGUUCAGGUAAAUCAACAUAUUGUCAUGGUAUGCACCAGUUCAUGUCGGCCAUCGGAAGAAAACUGUGCAUCAUUAAUUUGGAUCCUGCAAAUGAUCGAUUACCAUAUCCAUGUGAACUAGACAUAAGAGAUUUUAUAAGUCUUGAAGAAAUUAUGGAAGAAUUGAAUUUGGGUCCAAAUGGUGGAUUGAUGUAUGCAUUGGAAUCUUUGGAUACAGAUGAAAAUGUUGAAGAGUUUGUUAAGAAAGUUGAUGCAUUAGUCCAAGAUGGCAAUUAUUUGUUGUUUGAUUGCCCCGGUCAAGUAGAACUAUUUACUCAUCACAAUUCACUUUUCAAGAUUUUCAAGAAACUAAGUAAGAACUUGAGACUUUGUGUGGUUUCAUUAGUCGAUAGUAUUUAUUUGACAAGUCCUUCACAAUAUAUUUCUAUAUUGUUGUUAAGCUUAAGGUCAAUGUUGCAAUUAGAUCUACCCCAUGUUAAUGUUAUCAGUAAGAUAGACAUGCUUAAGAGCUAUGGUGAGUUACCAUUUAGAUUGGAUUACUAUACAGAAGCGCAAGACUUGCAUUAUUUAACACCAUUAUUGGAAAAAGAAUCUAAUUCUGUAUUGGGCCAGAAUUACGUCCGAUUAACUGAAUUGAUUGGAGAGUUAGUUGAAGAUUUCCAUUUAGUUGCCUUUGAAGUGUUGUCUGUUGAAAAUAAAAAGAGUAUGAUCAAUUUGCUAAGUGUAAUUGACAAAGCUAAUGGUUAUAGUUUUGGGAAUGAAAUCGGUGGAGACAUGAUAUGGAGUGAAGCCACACGCCAGAAUGGAAGUGGUAAUAAUGGUAUUCAAGAUGUAGAUAUUCACGAGAGAUGGGUAGAGUAUAAAGAUGAGUAUGAUGCGGAAGAACAGAAAAACGAAGAAGAGUUUAGAAAAGCUAUGGCUGAUCAGGAAGGCGAUGAAGACAAACCAAUGAAUGAAGAAGAAGAAUGGGAAGCUGCAUUGAAAGAUUGGGAGAAGAAACACGGUGGUGAAGGUGCAAUGUUGAGAUAG